AUGGAAUUAGAAGAAGAAACUAUCUUUACUGUUAUGGAUCUUUGUAAAUUUGGAGUUAAACAAGAAAUACAAGCACAGUAUGGAUAUGGUGAACGUGUCAGGAAAGAAAGAUCUCAGAUUUCAUUCCACUGCAAAUAUCCAAAAUGUCCUGCACAUUUUAAUGUUGCAAUCUUGGAUCAAAAUAAAUACAAACUAAUCAAAAUAGUUGAAGAACAUGAUCAUUCCGCCCCAAAUGACAAAAGUCAAUAUUCGUCUGUCUUUUAUCGCAAAUAUUUAGAACAUUACUUCCAAACAGAUGACAAUCAAAGAGCGAUAGCACAGCUAAAUGCAUUCAAAGAUCUUGAAAUUCCUCUUACAGGUCCGUCCAUUCCAGAGAUGUACGCUCAAAAACCACGUGCAAUCAAACGAUUUGCAGAGAGAAUACAUGCUCUUCAAACUAGAUAUUCUCCUGACGAUGUUGUGUCAUUGCAAAUCUUUGUUCAGACAGUACAAGAAGAAUCUCCAGAUGAUCUCAUUGCAUUUGAAGUCUCAGACAAUAAUAUGUGUUUCUAUUACGCGCCUUUUGAAGGCAAAGCUUAUGCGCAUAGUAUCAAGACAUUUCAUAUAGACAGCACCUAUAAAUUGUUGCGAUCAAACAUUCCAUU